GUAACUGUUGCUACAAACCGCCGAGCGAAGAAGAACAACAAAGCAGCUACAUUAUUUUUAAUACAUCCCCUCGCCUCUUUUGAUUAAUGUUAGCCUUAUUUAGCAACAUGUAACUAGAACCAGAUAGCCAGUCGCUCUCCGGAGACUUGUAUUGGGCAGCAGAUGGUCAAAAGAGGCGCUGUUACUGUUCUCUUACAUGGUUUUGAUGGUGAGUUUGUCAGCCUAGCUCGCUAGCUCUCAGGUUAGCUCUUCUCCACAGACUCGUAAACGUCAUCUUCACGCCUCUACCUCAGCUUCAGUUGUUAUAAUCACCAGAUGGGAAGUUUGGGCAGCAGGUUUCAGUCCCCCUCUCAGGGACCAGAGGAGUCAGCAGAGGGUACAAGUUCCAGUCGCAAACAUGCCUGUGAAUGUAAAAAGAGAAAACGAAAUGCUCAGUGUGACUGCGAAAGUGAGCAAGAGGAAGAAGACGACAUAUUAGAUACACCUCGCAGGAAAAAGUUGAAAAGCACUUCAAAAUAUAUUUACCAGACAUUAUUUCUGAAUGGUGAAAACAGCGAUAUUCGCAUCUGUGCUCUGGGGCAGGAGUGGAACCUCCACAAAGUGUACCUGUGUCAGUCAGGGUAUUUCUCUAGUAUGUUCAGCGGCUCAUGGAAGGAAUCCAACAUGAUGGAAAUCAACUUGGAGAUCCCAGACCAGAACAUUGAUGCUGAAGCUCUUCAGGUUGUGUUUGGAUCUCUGUAUCGUGAUGAUGUCCUGAUCAAGCCCAGCAGGGUCAUCUGUAUUCUUGCUGCUGCUUGUAUGCUACAGCUGGACGGCUUGAUCCAGCAGUGCGGUGAAACCAUGAAGGAAAACAUCAGUGCGAAGACUGUGUGUGGUUACUAUGCUUGUGCUAGCAUCUACGGCCUGGAUUCAGUCAUGAAAAAGUGUUUAGAGUGGCUUCUUAACAACCUGAUGACCCAUCAGAAUGUUGAGUUGUUGAAAGAACUUGGGGUUGAUGUGAUGCAGCAACUCAUUCAGUCCUCAGAUCUGUUCGUCAUGCAGGUGGAGAUGGAUGUUUACACCGCUCUGAAGAAGUGGAUGUUUCUGCAGCUCAACCCAUCGUGGGACGGGCCGAUCAAGCAGCUUCUAGCCGACGCUGACACCUGGCUUUGUAAACGCAGAUCAGACCUGUGUGAGAAAGAGCCAUUCCUGAACACAGAGGAGGGGGCAGCUUUUUGCUCGGUGUUCAAACUCGUACGACUCCAACACAUCAUCAAUGAUCUCGCUUCUGCACGCAUCCUGGAGAGAGAUAAUAUUUUACCUCCUGAGUGGCUGACAACAAUGUAUAAAAACCAGUGGUUUGCCAUGCUCCGGACAGAAUUUGACAACGAUAACGGUCCCCAGGUGUCCAACAAAGACGAGUUUGAGCUGAACAGUAUGAGGUGUGGCAGGAAACUGAGUAAAGAUGGAGAUUACUGCUGGCGGUGGACAGGCUUUAACUUUGGGUUUGACCUUUUGGUGACUUACACAAACCGCUUCAUAGUCUUUAAAAGGAAUACACUCAGUCAGCCAUGUGGGGGCGCUGUGAGCCUACAACCUCGGAGACAUCUAGCAUACAGGUUACGCCUCGCCUCUUUCGAUAGCCGAGGGAAACUGGUCUGCAGUCGCUCUACAGGCUACCAGCUUCUCACUCUGGAGAAAGACCAGGAGUAUGUGGUGAUGAACCUGGACAGCCGGUUGUUAUCGUUCCCCCUCUAUGUGUGCUGUAACUUCCUGUAUACGUCGCCCCCUUCUGACCACCGUCCAGACUCCUCUGAACAAAGCAGCGCGGCUCGCUCCGUGUCCUGAUAGCAGCUGAACAGCCGUUAACCAUUCCCCUGGUCAAGUGGAAACAGUGAUGUAAAGUUAUUGUUUUUGUUUUGUUUUUUACAAUCAAGUCACUUUUGAACUUUUCUUCUGCAUGCCCCAUAGUUCUGUCAAGUAUUUGAGGCUCAUUUUUUACAUCCAUGUAGGAAGUGUUCCAGCACAUUCUGAAUAAGCCUUUUUAUAUACUCGGUUUACCAAAUGAUGCUCAGGAAAGAUCAGACCAUCUUUUAUCCUCAAUAAAGCUUAAUCCAUCCUACUCCUCUGCAGUGUGCUGCUGGAGCGCUCUAGAAUAAAAAAAAGCUGGAAAUUGCUUUUGACUCUGCAUUUGAGACGUUUACAGUAACAUGAUGUGAAGAUCUGGUGGCUAAAACCCUCCUUCAGUUCCUUUUUACAUUAAUUGUAAUUCAACCACUCAGAAUGUGGUUUAUCAGCGUGAAUGAAGGGAAUUUGGAUUUUGUUCUAUGUGGACAACAUGAAGGCGUAGAAACAGGUUUAAAACAAAUUGCAUCAUCAGAUAUCACACAAAUGAGAAUCGGACUAACUGGAAAACUGAAGUUGUGACCGACUACAAAACAUAAAUUAAACUUUGAGAUGUGCCUCGCAUGCAGCAUUAAGCUGCUUUAUUCUCUCAUGUGCGCGUGCUGCUAAAAACAGCAAAAAGUUAAAUUGUGAAAAAGGAUGAUUUUUAACGGUCUUUAUCUGCUCCACUGUCCCGGUGCGUGCCGCUUACCUACUCCAGAGUAUUUUACUUUUGUUCUAACGGUUUGUUUGGCUUUUCUGCUGCUGUUACCUCGUUGUUUUGUAAAACGAUCAUCUUCAACAUUUCUGUGUAGCUCCUGUUCAGAUGUUAAAUUUGAUUUUAUUUAGCCAUUAUUUAUUUUUCUACUUUUGUUGUAUUUUUAUAAAUCUGUUUUCUUUGCUGAAGAUAUCUAUGACUUUGUACUGCUAAUAAAACAGCCCUCUGACAUGGGCCGCAGUGCUAUCAAAUGAUCCCAUCUCUUUCCUAAUGAAGGUCUGUAUCAGCGGUUUUAGAUAAAUCAUUUAUAAAAUCAGCUUUUCUUUUGCUGAUUAAACCUUUAAUAAGGACUGCACCAGUUAAAAAGCUGGACACACCAUCUUAUUGACAUUUUAAAAUGAGGUCAGAAUUGAUGUUAUUCCCAGAAGUCCAGUCAUCCCUUGAUUACCUGUUUUCUUUACCUUUAUCAUUUCAUCUCCAACUUGUCCCUAUCUCUGCUUAGUUUUCUCAGAGGCAAUUUUUUUAUUUUACAGCAAAAACCAAAAACAAUACAUUUCCAGUCACUAUUUUUGAGAUUGUAUUGUAUCAUUAGCUGCUUUACCGUACAUGAAAAUAACUUGAAAUUCUUUGUAUUUGCAGAAUUAAGCUUAUUCAUGAUUAACACGAGAUGUGGAGCUAUAAUAAGCAGCAAUAGCACCGCUGCAGUCAUUGCACCAUUCCUCAGGCUGCCACCUGACAGUGUUUUUUUUUUUGUUCCACGAUUUAUGAAAGAAUGGGAAUAUUUCUGUCAUUAAAAACGUUUUCACAAAA